AUGAUUGAAGAAAGAGAUAUAGCUUGUUAGACAACUCUAGAAUAUAAUGAAAGUACAGUAUAUUAAAUAGCAAGUCAAUGAAAAUAAUACAGAUCCUUAAUAAUAAUAAUAAAUACAAUCACCUAUAAAAUAAAUUUAAGUUAGAUAACGAAGUUUAACAACUUAAUAAAAUACAAAACAGCUUGUAAUUAUAUAGACAAGAACACCUAAGAAAUAAUCUAUGGCCCAUAUUGCUGAUUUAAAAUAAUAAAUCUUAGAUAUAGCUUUAAAAUUUGAUGAAAUCAUUAAUAAAGAGUAAACAUAAAAAAAAUAAGUUCCAAUUAAAUCUUAAGAAAUAUAAGAUUAUGAGAACAUUAUCAAAGAUUAGAUGAUUGAAAUUAAAUCACUUUAAAAUCAAAUAGAAAUUAAUUAACGUAGAUUAUAAAUUAGUUUAGAAGAUAAAGAAAUAACUAAAUUAGAAGAUAAAUUAAAGUAUCUAUAAGAAUUAGAAAAAAUUUUAAAGGAAGAGAAUAAUUCUAUAAAGAAAAUACAUAAUUAAUAGUAAUUAGCUUUAAAUUAACUUGGAAUUAAUGAAUAAGAUGAAAAAUUAGUAAAUAUUAUUAUUAUUAUUUUUAAGAAACUUGAAAAAUUGAAUAUUCUUAAAUAGGAAAAACAAAAAACUAAGUAAUUAUAAGAAUAAUUAAGAUAAUUGGAAAAUUAAUCAAAAUAAAAUCAUAAUAAUUGUUAUAAAUAAGUUGAGAAAUUAAGAUGGAUUGAUAAUAGGGUUUAAGAAUAUAAUAAGAAGAAGAAAAAGAAAUUAAUUAGUAAAGAUGAUGUUGAAAUUUUAGAAAGUUAAUUACAUGAAUUAGUUUAAGAAAUAGAAUAAAAGAAUUAAAUUAAUUAAUCAAAAUUAAAAGAAUUAGAAAAAGAAAGAAAAUAAUUAACUAUGGAUGUUGAAAUCAGAGAAAGAUAAUUAAAAGAAAAAGAUAAAGAAUUGAAAUUAACUAUUAUGAAAUUUAAUGAGAAUAAGAGAUUUGUAAUUAAAAACGAAAUAACAAAAUAAUGA